CUUCAUUCAUACACCAAAAAACCCCAGUACUGGUGUGCGUACAAUCACUAUACGAGAGAGAUACGGAGAGAAAAGCCGCUCGCGGGCAAGCAAAGAACGAGAGAGAGAGAGAGCGUGCAAAUCAAAAUGCCACAGACGACCGCGCGGUACCGUGAAGAGAAAAAACAUCAAAACAAAAAAAGCCCUCGAAGCGUGCGGAUGUGCGUCCGUCGUUCGCUCGUCCAAAACCGACACUAUUUACAGUGUGUGUGUGACUUUCCAUCCCAAUCGGACUUGAAACCCAAAGUUCCUGCUUAAAAAGUGAAGAAACAAAUCCGUGUCUCCUUAUUUUUCGGAUAAUUUGUGGUGUGUGCGAAAAAAUCGUAAAAAUCACGGCGUGAUCACUGUACGUGUGUGUGUGUGUGUGCGUGUUUGUGUGUGCAGCGGCAGCAUCAAUCAACCUCCCCUCGCCCCAAUGAAAGGUGGUGCGGUGUGAAGUGGUUGGUGGGGUGGUAGUUGUUGUUAAAUAUCUAAACGGAGUAAAUUAUCCAAAUUGGAUGGGGCCUGCUGCUGCUGCUGCUGCCGCCGCCACACGACAAAUUCGGCCCAGUGAAACACCAAAGCAAGGCAGAGCUAGAUCGGAUUGAGAAGAAGCAAAUUAACACCCGUCCACCUUCCCACGGGGGAAGAUGAUGUGGUGAUCGGAUAGCAUCGAGUGACAUCAAAAAGGUGUGUAAAGUUCGCGAAAUACUUCUCCAGACAGCUCUGCUCGGUGCGUGCAUGCAUGAUCCUGUUCCUGUAGUGUGAGCUUAACGUGAUGCAAAGCAUCCGUGCCGCUGGAGCCUAGUGCGUGUGUGGUUGCGUGUAUGUGUGUGCGGGUGUUGUGCAGAAUCAAAAAUCAAGCUACGUUUUGGACCAUCCGAAAAUCCACAAUUAAGUCAUUAGAGAAGGAAUGGAAACAAAAUUGUGAUUCACGCACACCGCCGCCGAACACGCGCUCACGGAUACGAACGAGAAAACCGACGCAUCCCCGGAUCCGGAAGGAUAAAAAUCCGUCACUUUCUCCCGUACCCUCUAAUACACAUUCCCUCUCACCGAAAAAGAAAGAUAACGCCACAAGGCACACACUGCUACACCCGGGACGGUUGGGGUCACCACAACAACAUCACAAGGAUCCAAACGGCGCGGGGCACAAAUUAAACACCGCGGCGGCGGCUGGAGACACGGCGUCAUUCGACGACAGACGAGGGCUAAUUUUUAUUGAACGACGCUGUUCAAACACCGUACGCGCGGGAUACCGCUGGGACGACGCGCAUAUUGCGCAGCGCACGGCAGCAAGGCAGUGUAGCGUUUGGAUUAGGAGGUCCCCUGCGAGCAGCCAACUACAGUUGAAAAGCUACCUAACUUAGGUCAAGCACUUCAUACCAUCGGAAUGCCGCCGCACUGGUGGCGUUUGGUGCAUCCGCUGCAGGCGUGAUGCGGGCGCGGUUCACUACUUCCGAAGCCUCCAUCAGCAGCAUCGAUGGCAGCACGUCCUGCAGGGCAAAGUCGCAGCAAUGGAAGCAGCAGUAGCUCAGACCGUUCAAUCCUGCCCUCAGCAAUGAAGCGCAAACAACUGUACCACUGCGUCAGUAGCAUUAACAUCGGCAAACGGAACCGCAAACGGAGCGGCACCUUAUACCACCAUCCCGAAAGCACCGACAAGGGUAAUGGCCAGCGUGCUGCACUACUACUUACCUUACCUAGCGAGCGUUGUUGUCGUCAUCACCAGAUACAGCUGACCGGAAGCGAUCGCUUUGGCGCACCGGUGCGGAACUGAGUGUCGAAAAAACGUUGAAGAAGAGAGAGAGAGUGAGAGAGAGAGAGCGAGAGGGGAGAGAGAGGGAGAGAGCUCUAAGAUUUCCUAAACUACUAUCACGAAGAGAAGGAGCAAAGACGUUAUACCCUAUUAUACGAUCGCAUUUAGGCCUGGAGGCCUCAAGACAGGAAAUCAAACGAGACACGUUGUGAAGCGAGCGAGCGGAGGCGCGUAUAAAAGAAUGACACAGCCGAGCUACUAUGUCAGCAAAUAUGCCGGUGAAUUCUGCAAGCUGGUGGUGGAGGGCGACUUCAGCAAGGUCAAGUCGAAAUUUAAGGAGUUUGUGCUGGACUACCAAACGCCGGAAGAUCUCAACACACCGCUGCAUCUGUCGAUCAUAGCCCAACAGAACCGGAAUGAAAUCAUCCAAUUUUUGGUGGAAUCCGGUGCGGACUGCGAUCUGCGCAACUCGAUGAACCUGACCGCGUCCGAGCUGGCGAUCAAUCUGAACUUUAUCGACGUGACAAAGUUCAUGCUGGCGGUGGAGUUUCGGAACCUGACGGAUUAUCGCUGCUUCUAUCGGUUGAUCCGGCGUGGAUCGGUUCCGCUGCUGCAGCUAUUUCUGGAGCUGAAAUCGUUCGACAUUCAUCAGCAGAUCGGGUACGUGUCGAGCGUGUGGCAUGAGCUGUACGUGAAGAAUGUGCCGCUUACGAAGAGCAUGGAGAACUUUCUGGAGUAUCAGCUGCUGAACUACAGCUACGCCUACCACCAUCCGCCGGCCCACCGGCCCGAGCGGCCCAAGUUCGACAAGGAGCUGGAGCAGCGGAUAGAGCUGAUCGUGGAGUACACGCGCUACCUGACGAAGCACUACGGUGCGACGGACAAUCUGAACGACUACGACGACAAGUUCCUGCUGGCGAUCAAGAUCGUGUACGACAAUCUGUUCUUUGUGCGGGAAAAGCGCGAGCUGGUCGGUUCGGUGCCGGUGGACGAAAUCUGUCGGCUGCUGGCGGUGUUUCUGGCCAUCUUUAAGAAGGCACCGCACUACGAGGUGUACAAGCUGAUCCUGAACAAGCGCACGGUGCUGCAGUUCCUUUCCGCCGUCAGCGAUGAGCUGGACAGGAUCAGGUGCGAUACGGUCGAGAACCGGCAGUCGUCGUCGCGGUGGUCGAACGAGCUGUUGCUGUAUCUGAUUUGCUGCAUACGCGAUGCGGCACCGGCCAAAUCGACCAAGGCAAUCAAUGCGCUGUGGCGCAAAAAGUGUGUGCUGAAGAAGAAGCUUAUCUACUACGUGAAGGCACGCUUGAAAGCGAACCCGGAGCUGAACGCGAUCCAGGCGCGGUACGUGAACAAUCUGUCCAAGCCGGAGCUGGAGGUGCUGCGGCACGAGCUGCGGGCGAGAGAGUUCGUGGAGCUGACGCGAACGACGGGCCGCAGAAAUCGGGUCACCUUUUGCCGGCUGCGCAAGACGUACGAUCAUGUGAUGCAGCUGUACUCGAUCAAGAAGAUCCUGCGCUAUCUGGACGGGAUUGCAAGGAUUCAGCUGCCACAGUACCAGGUUUCGGGUGUGCUGGCGAUCAAGCGCACGUUGCAGGUGAUUGCGGAGACCGUCUCGAGCACGCGCUAUUCGCCGGCGAUUUCGCGCAAGCUGGACAGUGUGGUGCACAAGAUAUUGCCGCUCAAUCUGGACGUGGAUGUGCGAGACUUUUACCAACCGAACGUGUCGCUGUACAAGAUGUGUUCGGAUAAGGCGGAGAAUGGUCGGUUACUGCCGUUCGCGGAAGUGCAAUGCAGUCUGAAGUCGGUGCGGCGUUACUUCGCGUAUGUGCACGAUCUGAAGAUGCUCGAGGCGUACAAGUGCUACCUGGGGAAUGUGCAUCAGCUGAAGAACCAUCGGCAGGUGGCGAGCUACAAUCAGUACGUUGGGGAUGCGAAUCGGAUGUACUUUGAAAACCACACGCUGGACGAUCUGUACUUCGAGCUGGAGGAUUGCAUCCGCGUGGUGGAGGAGCUGCAGGAAACGUUCAGCCAGCAGCAGGACGAGAAGCUGUGCGAUCUGCUCCGCUGCGUGUAUGGACCGUUGGCGCAGCGAUUCGAGUCGCUCACCAAGGGCGACGCGGGCGGUGAGCGUGCUGCGUUGGCCUCGAUCAGUGCCAACUUUAACACGGUGAUGCAACUAUGCGGGACGGAGAUCGAAAUGGCGAAGGUGCGUCGGAUUGUGGGAUCGUUUUUGGCCGAAAGCUACCCCAAGUACGAUAUCUGCAACGAUGAGCAGCUGCUGCUGUUGAAUCCGCUCCUGCAGGAGCUGCUGCAUCUGUUCACGAACUAUCUCUACCAGUAUCAGAUGGACGAGCGGGUGACGAAGAACUUUGUGACGAUGGUGGAGGUGCUGCACGUGGGUCGGUACAUGGCGGUGGAUCACUUUAUGCCCGAGCGAACGAAACCGUUCGACAGUUUGCUGCAUCAGAACUACACGCACGACAUACUGAAGAAGUUUAAUCUGCAGAAUCUAAGCUCGAUUGAGUUUGCGGUGUUGCACGAGCAGCUGUCGCAGAGCUACUACGACAAUUGCUACAAUCUGGACAAGAAGUACGCGGUGCUGACGAUGUUCUUCAAGUCCACGAACCGGCAGGUGAACGAUGCAAUCGUGAAGCGCAACAAGCGGAUGGAUCGGGAAGAGUUCCAAUCGUUUCUGGAUGCGAAGCUGAAGUUUAUAGGGCAGUUUUUGCCGUGCAGUGAUUUCAACGAGGUGACGCAGUUCAUCAACGAAGCGGCACCGCACGUGGAGUAUGCGCUGGAGCACUGUUUGCUGGAGCUGUGUGAGAUCCUUACCGAUCUGGGCGUGUUCCAGGACAAUCAGUACGUGUUGAAGCUGCAGUCGGCGAACGUGAGUGGCCGAAAUCUGCACGACUAUCUGCGCCAGGAUGCGCUCGAGUGUGACAUGCUAACGCUAACGCACAGCACCAAGGUGAAGGUGUUUCUGAACGGGCUGAUCUUCAAGAGCAACGAGUUUAAGCUGUACCAACCGCCCAGCAGCCAGAAAGCGAACCCGGACGAGCUGCUGGCGAUCAACGAGAAUCUGAUCAACAACUACAAGAUGCGCUGGAGCUGGGUGGAGCAGCAGGAGCGAUUGUUCAAGUCGGUUGAAACGAUCGAUUUGAAGCUGCUGCAGGCGCUCACACCGGACUAUGCGGACAUUCGCGGCAUGCGGUUGGGCGUGCUGUGCGACGGUACACCGUCGACCGAGUACGAGAUCAUCGACCACACGAUACGCAACAAUCUGAAACAGAUGGUGGACUAUCUGUCCGAGGAGCUGCAGGCGAUCUCGUUCGAGAAGAAGCAAUUCUUCCAGUAUGUGCUGGUGCGCAGCUCCAACUCACUGUUUAUCGAUGCACACUUCAGCCUAACGACGGUACAGGAACGGCAGGCAACGAUCCUCUUUAUGGCGCUCUACUUCCGGGCGUACGAUGUGUUUCUGGAGUGUGUGAAGCGUUUCGAGCUGACGGUGAACCUGGGCAAGAUCAUCAAGUAUCUGAACCUGGAGUUUAUCGAGAAGAUUGCGAAGCAGAUGAAGGACAUUAGCUGGAACUGUCAGGACGGGAACGGAACGACCGUGUUGGAUCAGUGUGUGCAGAAGGGCGAUCUACCGGCGAUCAAGAAGCUGAUCAAGCUGGGUGUUGACAUUUGCUCGCAGACGGCCGACGGUACGUCGGCGCUGCAUCGUGCGUGUAGUUUGGGCCACACGGAAAUAGCUAAACUGCUCGUCAAGCAACAGGUUCCGCUAACCUCGCACAGUGGAACCGAUCGCUUGCCGUUGCACUACGCUAUCCAGUAUCACGAGAACGAACUGCUACCGUUGCUGUGGUGUGACGAUAUUGAGGUAGACUCGGACAACCAUCGUUUGGUGAAGCGUGCGAUCAAGUACGGAAAUUUGGAGGCGCUAAAGUUCCUGGUUGACACCCGGCACGCGAAACUUUCGCUCGUGGAUCAGCGUCAAAAUACGGUGCUGCAUCUUUGCGCGAGUUAUGGACGGUUGCACAUGUUGCGGUAUCUGUUCGACAGCCAUCAGAGCACCAUCGAGGAGGACGAUCUGCUGAAUCGCCGUAAUGCCAGCGCCAAAACCGUGCUCCACAUUGCGGUACAGAAGCGCCAGUCGGCAAUGGUUGCGCUUUUGCUCGAUCGUGGUGUCGAUGCCGGUGCGGUAGAUGAUACGGGCCGAUCGGCGUACGAAUGGGCCGUCCAGGAGAACAGUGUGCGCAUUAUGAAGGCGUUCGCAAAGCAUCCCGCAACGAGGCGUGCGAUUGCUGCCGGUAAGUCCGGGGGAAGCUACUCUCAUCCGCUGACAAUCGCGAUCGAGCAGAGGAACGUGCGGAUGCUCAAGUUGCUGCUGCGCAAUGGGUGUAGUUUCGUCGGACAAUCGCUGUGUCUGAUAAAGGCGGUUUACACACGCUCGUUGGAGCUGGUGCGGUUUAUUGUGGAGCUGUGCAAGCCGGCACUGCAGUACCGAGAUCCGUACGACAGUACCCCGUUGCAUGUGGCGAUCGCGAUCGAGUGUAACGAAAUCGCGGCGUAUCUGAUUGAAUCCGGUGUGGAGCUUAACGCUGUCAGCAAGUUUGGCGAUACGCCGCUGCAUGUGGCUGCGCGGCACGGUAACAUUGUGGCCGCCCGUAUGCUCAUCCUGAAGUACGCCACCAUCGACGAGCGCAAUGCGUCCGGGUUGACACCGCUCAUGCAGGCGAUGUACUCGCGCAAUCUGGACAUUAUGAAGCUGCUGAUCGGGGCGGGCGCCAACAUCGAUCUGCUGAAGCUCCAUCUGGCGGAGAUUGAGCAGCUGGCCAAGCUGCCGACCAUUCACAUGUUCGUCGACCAUUACGGGCUGCUGGAGUUUAUGGUCCUGCAGCUGCAGUACGACCCGAACGUGCGGGACGUCCGCAACCAGCAGAGCUUGCUGCACAAGGCGUGCUACGCGAACAACUUGCAGAUCGUACAGUUUCUAGUCGACUGGUGCCGGUUGCAGACGGAGCAGCAGGAUGCGAACGGGCGCACACCGUUGGCGAUAGCGAACGAGUGCAAGAACUACGAGGUGUCGGAGUUUCUGCGCAGCAAGAAGAGGAAAAAAUCACAAAUCGCUCCCCAGCGUUACUUCGAUCCGGCCGGUUUGAUGUAACGGGUUGGGUGUAAAAGGUUGGGGUAGAAAGGCAUCAGUGUCAGGUUGUUUGAGGUCUUUUUCAGUUAGAGUUGGCACGCAAAAACCAAGGAUACAGCUUGUCAUUUCUGGGUGUCGUUGCCUUUUAAUUUACCUGUAUUCGAGACGGUCCGGAUGAGAUCUUACGUCAGUUCCUAUCCGUUUAGAUCCCUCUACUUAAUAGCUAUCCCAGUGAAUAUACCUCCCAAAUGUAGAAAUGUCCCAAUCGUUUUGCUUCUUGUGGGCACAAUCGAAGAUUAAAAAAAAAAAGAGAACAGAACUCUCUCCGAGAAUAAUGCAAUGGAACUAUGUUAGGUGUUUGGAGCACUAACCUCCUAUCGAUUAGCACCGUGUGCUACAAAAAGUAGGCUCAGUCCAGGAGCAAAACGAUAGCCGUACAUUUCUAGUUCCUUCCCCGUUCCGGCAGCUUUGUAAAGGCUUCUCGCAACAAAGUUCCUCGCGUCCUAACUCGCGUCCUACGUGAAUCAACCCCAGAAUGUUAAAGCCACGAAGCAUCGAUCGCCUGCCUGAUCACCGUACAUCAUCGGGACCGGGGUUGCGGUAAAUGAAGUAAAGGUGUGCGUGGCACACCUUUUUUUUAGAUGUAAUAUUUUAUCGCUUCGUAUCGUGAGCCUCUCGUGCAGUCGUGAGCCUCGAGACACGGUGGUUACUACGUUUUGUGGAAGUCUGGCGAUCGAUGUUUUCGUGCCAAUUGGCUGAUUCGCAUUACGCGCUCUGUGGGAUGCAUUUCAACAGAAGCCUUCAAAAGUUGCUUGUCCUCAGACUACGGUCCUGGACUUACCCUCAAACCUCUGAGGCCUAUCCCUAUUUUUUGGCUGUUCUAGUCAGUUUAAAGCAAAACGACUGCUUAUGAGUAGCGAAAGGAGUAGCCCGCCAGCCCGCCCAGCAAACAAAAUGACACUGAUGGCGCACGAGUGCUAUGAUAGCACGGUGGAAACGGAAAACAAAAUGGUUGCCAUUGCUCGUCUACGAAAAGUGAAUGUUAAGAGCAGUACGGAGCAAACUGAUGGAUUUCUUUUCGUGAUUUUAGAUGGCAAAAAGGUACGUGAUUUUAGCUGUUUACAGCACACCCUUACAUUCCUCUCCCACUGAUACAAGCGCGAUAGUGUAGGAUGCGCCCGUACGACAGUCAAACCACAGGCAUACUACUUGUAACUACUAUUGUGUGUAUGUGUGUAUAUUGGUGUAUGGAAGCUGCUAAACUCCUAGACAAAACAAACAACCACCAAUAUGGUAUUUGUGUGCGUGUGUGUUUAAAGUAAAUGGAUGUACUACUACUACCACUACCACUACUCCCUUGAUGUCUGUCUAAUAGGAUUUACGAUAAAGCGCGGUGGGCAACAAGUAGUAGCUGUCUGUUUUAUCCCCAAUAUUCCUCGCCGUAGAAUAAGAAGGACCCCGGGGGGGAUCGGGGAAAGCGCAUCACACGUAAGGAUAAGGAAAGGGGCAGUGUGUAUCAAGCAACAAGCACAAAAAGAUACACACUCUCGACACACAUUUACUAGACGCGUAAGAUAAAAUCUUUUACUGUACCUUUUUAAGUAACGAAACCUCGCAUAUUCCUUCUCACCCGGAUGCAGCGUCCAGAGUGGUGUGUGUGCCGCGGUGUAGUAGCAGCGCGUGAUGGGGGAGAUACGGUGGGACAAGUGGCUAUACGUUCGUAGUGUUUUAGUAAGACGUGAAAUGAAACUACUAACCUCGCAUUUAUUACACGAUUACAAACUACCAUUAUAUUAUAUAAAUAUAUGUAUACAUAAAGCGACAGACUGUACGUGCGGAAGCAAUCUUCUACUAUUACCACAUUUUAUAUGAGUGUCGUAAUUGUCCCCCAACUUUAUCGCGCCUGUCCGCACACAUGUCUCUCCGCAGAGGCGCAAUCACACGCGGCGCUUUGCUGAUGGGUAGAAGCAAAUAAAACUAUUACUAUACUGAAACUUAACCACAUAAGUGAAAUGGGAAGCGCCGAAAAACGGUAACACAUGCCAGUGCAGAGUAGGGAGAGAAGAAAAGGGGGAUAAAAAAAAACCCGUAAAUUAUUUAUUAGGUAGACACUCGUUAUGCAUGCACCAAAUUUAAUAUAAUAUAUUAAAUGGCAAUGCAGCAGAGUAUAUAGCAAAACGGAAAGUGGAACUCUAACAACUAGCUGUCGAUCAAGAUGAGAGAGAGAGAGAAGGAGAGAGAGGAAAAGAAAAAUCCCGUGUAUAUGUGUGUGUGUGUGAUGAAAAAUAUGUUUCAACAAAAUACUACAUGCUACGGAUAAUCCUAGUUCUACACACACACACACACGCCGUAUAAGCCAACACUGAUCUACACGGCUCCCUUCAGCGGGGGGCGCCGUUGAUUGGGAAAUUGGGUUUUUGAAAAAACGAAAACUCAACGCUAAACCUCGCAUGGUUUGUGAAAAUAAGUAACAAGACACAUAUAGAGCAUAGUUUGUAAGUAAUGUAAAACAAGUGAAACAAAUGUGUGAACACUCGCAAAACACGUAAAAGUCGCCAUCCCUCGCAUAGUACGUAAGCAAAAGAAAACAAAACAAAACAAAAAAAGAACAUGGAAACGAAAAAAAGCACAGAAGAAGAAAACAUAUAAUUAUAAUAAACAAACAAGCAAACAUAUUAAGAGAAGAAACAACAACAAAGUGGGGGAAAAAAAGGAUGAAAGUAAAAUGUAACAAUAUCAAAAUUAAUGGAAUGAAAGAAGAUGAAGAGCGGGAGAGCAAGAGAAGAAAUGCAAACUAAACGAUUUCGUAAAAGAGGAAAAGCAAAAACAAAAUUAGCAAAAAUGAAGGCAACAAAAUGGAAGGAAAUAGCAAAGAGAUGAUAAAACUCGAACAGCGGCAGCAGCAACACAUUCCAGAAACGCAAAAUUGCUUCCUUUCACCACUACUGGAGCAACCAUUCCUUACUACUACUUGGCUAGAGAAAAAAAAAACGAAAAAGAUGUUAAUUUGGAAACCCCAAUUGAAGAUGACUCGUUGGUGUCAAAAUUGUGUCAAAUCGAAGCAAACAAAAAACACUUGUUCAAAUUUAUUGCAUAAAACAAAAAAAAUCUGUUUUCCCUGCCUGCGUUGUGAACUCUACUCACGGAAAACGGCUCAUCAAAUGAAGUAGAACGACACUGCCUUAUGGAUGACCGGAUUCCAGCGGUUUAUUUGCGGGCUUUUUUGUGUUCAUUUAUUUGUUCCUUUUUUUUGGUUUUCCCUAGGGAAUGUUUUUCUAUCGAUUUUUGGCACGUUUUUUUUACGAAAAAGUGGUAAUUGCCAACCAGAGUAAUGUACGCACACUAAUCCUUCUACUCGCCGUGUUUCGUUGGCUCGUGUCUCGAACUUCCUUUUUCCUUUUCCACUAUUCGGUAAGCGUGCAGUGUGUUGUAGCAAAUUCAAUUUAUCUUCCAAAACAUAACUAUUACAUUCCUAACUGUAGUGUAAGCUAAGGCGCGCCAAGAUAAGAAAGGAGACAGCAAAGCAAGGCAAAGCAAACAAAACUAUUCUUUGUAUACGCAUCUCACCCAGAUACAUUCAUUGAUUCAGGAUCAUGUGUUUUUUUAUCCUCGCAAUCCUCGCAUUUUAUUUUUAUUAAGCAGAGAUUUAUGCAAAGAAAAACGAGCGGUGCAGCAAUAUUUUGUUGUACCGCGCGUGUAUUGGUCGACAAACCUGAUAAAGGGAUUUAUUUCAUCUGCAAUAUAGAAAACAAAAAAAAACACACACAGCGGCUCUUCACAGUGCUGUACAAGAUGUACCGGUGUCAGAUUAUUUUGUUAACAAAAUAAAAUGAAUUGAUUUUUGGAGUAAUGGA